GUUCUUCCAUCAAAUAUUCUCCUUGUAUGAUUUCCCUCUUUUUCUCUCUUUUUAUGCUAGAUCCCUAAUUCGUAUAUAGAAAGAAGCAAACUUGUUGUACCAAUUGAGGUAAAAAAUCAACGAACAGAGAAGCCCUAAAUAGGUGAUUGUGGCAAUGGCGGCAGUAGCGGCGGCAACAAGUGUGGCUGUUCUUGUGUCCACAAUGGAGCUAAGAUGGAGGACAUACAGCCACACCCAGGGAUGGAACAGCUCCCAGGGGUCCAAUAUUGCAUCAAUAGUCAUCCUCCAUGGCAUUCUGGAAGUCGUAGUUCUCGUGUUCCAGCAUUAUCUGAUGACCCUAGGUACAACUGUCUUGAUUCCAAGUAUGUUUGUAAACCAAAUGGGAGGCAGUAAUGUUGAGAAGGCCAAGGUGAUACAAACCUUACUAUUUGUUUCAGGACUAAACACACUAAUGCAGUCCUUAUUUGGCACCCGACUUCCCUCAGUAGUCGGUAGUUCAUACGCAUUUGUUAUUCCCAUGACUUCCAUUCUACAUGCUGGAAGAUAUCGAUCACUUGUCAUCUCCGGAGCCCAAUGGAGAUUACUGCACAUAUCAUGUUAG